AUGCUUGGAUUUUGGCUUCUAUCCUGCGCCGUUGCGGGCCUUCUGUGGUUUCUUGCAACGCCCCUACGAACAGGGCUAUGGUCCAUUCCGGGACCUUGGUGGCGCCGCUACACAGACAUUUUCCAGGCACUUGAUGCUUAUAAUGGGCGAACUUGUCAAGUCAUCAAGCGCAUGCAAGAGGAGUAUGGCCCUGUGGUAGCCGUGGGUCCACGAACGGUCAUCUUCUCAGACCCAGCCAUGAUAGACAAAGUUUACGCCACAAGGAACCCAUUCCCGAAGAGCCAUCACUGGAUGCCACUGCGGACCGAGCUGAAAGGUGUUCACUACCCAAGCCUCAUAGCCAGCGAGGAAACUCAGACCCAUGCUUCUCUUAAGCGGCCCAUCGCUGGAGUGUACGCCAUGUCAAAUGUGGUAAAGUCAGAAGCUUUCAUUGACGAAAACAUCUUCCUGCUGGUCAGAAAGCUGAACCAAGAGUACAAUGGCAAAGGCAAAUCUCUUCCAGUCUUUUCAUGGAUGCACUACUUUGCGUACGACACCAUCAUGAAACUCACAGUUUCCAAUGACUUUGGACUCAUCAAAGGUGAAGCUGAUCGAGAGGGAAUGUUUAAAGGCGUCGAUGCUGCUCAGACAUACCGAGCCAUGGCUUCCUGUAUGCCUUGGGUUCACGCUCUCCUCAAGGGCAGCCCCGUUACAAAAGUGUUUGAACGGCGCAUGGGAUCGUUCCCGAAAAGAGCCCGUGAGCUCAUCCAGGCCAGGAGGGCCAACGGGGCCAAGAAAAUCAAUGACGGCCGAGAGGACUUGCUUAGCCAGAUCUUGGAAACCCGGAAGAAGCAUCCGGAAAUCGUGGAUGAGCGCGUGGUUCACGGAUACGUCACCACACCACUGCUCGCUGGUGCAGACACGGUGACCAUCGGGCUGACCUCUGUUGUAUAUUUCGUUGGCAAGCAUCCCGAAGUUGCCAUGAGGCUGCACAAGGAGCUCGAGUCCUCGGGCCUCCCAAUGCCGCCUCCUUGGGCCGCCGUCCAGAAGCUACCAUACCUCGACGCAGUCAUCCGAGAAGCAUUCAGAUCAGUCGCCGUUUCAGGCUACACCACGCAUUUCAACACGGACAUUUACGGCGAUGAUGUCAAUGAAUUCAGGCCCGAACGCUGGCUGCAGAGUCCGACAGAGAACGGGGACGACUACGCCGAGCGCAUGCGUCAGAUGAACAAGGCAGAUCUAACCUGGGGCCAUGGCGAUCGGGCUUGCAUGGGCAAAAACAUUGCGAGAUGCGAAAUGUACAAGCUGAUGGCGACCUUGUAUUCCGUCUUCGACAUCCGGCUUGUUGACCCGACCAACGAGUGGAGAAUCAAGGAGACUGUGCUGGCGAAGCAGGAAGGCGUCGAGGCGAUGAUCAGUCUCAGAUCCGACGCGGCUAUGCAACGGUUGGUGGAGAAUACCAAAGAUGCACAGGUUGUUGCUUGA